UCAGAGACGUCGCGGAUUUGAAUAGCAGUAAUUUGACAAGAUUUGGUGGCCUGUAUAUAAUUUCCCAUCUUCACAAAAUAUAGAGCUUCUUUGGGGAUUGUGCGUCUCAAAGUGUGCGACUGUCGUCAUUAGACUGUGUCAGCGCAGAACAAGGCGGUCCCACAGAUGUUCUGAGAUCCAGUAAUCUCGGAGAGGCCGUGUUUGUUCCAAGCCAACAGACAGGCAACACUGUGGUUUUUCUAUCAACUGUUUUGUAUACAGAGCUGGAUUCCAGAUAACCAGGAUGACCAUGGACGCAUCAUGUAUGGAGCUGGCGCUGGAAGGGGAGCGGCUCUGCAAGGCGGGAGACUGCCGCGCCGGGGUCUCGUUCUUCGAGUCGGCGGUGCAGGUCGGGACGGAGGACCUGAAAACGCUGAGUGCAAUCUACAGCCAGCUGGGAAACGCCUACUUCUACCUGCAGGAGUACGAGAAGGCACUGGAGUACCACAGGCAUGAUCUAACACUGGCCAGAACCCUGAGUGACAGGCUUGGAGAAGCGAAGGCCAGCGGUAACCUAGGCAACACGCUGAAGGUGCUAGGCAAAUUUGAUGAGGCUAUUGUCUGCUGUCAGAGGCACCUGGACAUCUCCAGGGAACUGGCUGACAAGGUUGGUGAGGCGAGAGCUCUGUACAACCUGGGCAACGUUUACCACGCCAAGGGGAAGCACGCUGGAAGGAACAGCCAGCAUGACCCAGGGGAUUUCCCCGAGGAUGUCAAGGCUUCGCUUCAGAAAGCCACCGAGUUUUACGAAGCCAACCUGACCAUUGUGAAGGAGCUGGGGGAUCGAGCGGCGCAGGGCAGGGCGUGUGGCAACCUGGGUAACACCCACUACCUGCUGGGUAACUUCAGCCGUGCCAUCAUGUUCCACGAGGAGCGACUGGCGAUUGCCAAGGAGUUUGGCGAUAAGGCAGCAGAGAGACGAGCCUACAGUAACCUAGGCAACGCACACAUCUUCCUGGGAGAGUUUGAAACUGCAGCAGAAUAUUACAAGAGAACUUUUUCCUGCAGGAAAACGUUACAGAUUGCCACCCAGCUGGGAGACAGGGCCAUCGAGGCCCAGGCCUGCUACUCCCUGGGGAACACCUACACUUUACUGAGGGACUACGAGAAGGCAGUGGAAUAUCAUCUACGGCAUCUACAGAUAGCACAGGAUCUGGGAGACAGGGUUGGAGAGGGCCGAGCCUGCUGGUCGCUGGGCAAUGCACACACGGCGCUAGGCAACCACGAGAAGGCCUUACACUUUGCUCAACGACACCUCGAGAUCUCAAGAGAGGUACAAGACAAGACAGGAGAGGUGACGGCUCAGAUGAAUGUGAAUGACCUGCGGACAGUACUGGGCAUCACACAGGACCAUAACCAGUCUGCACACACCAGUUCCUCCCACCUGGCCAGUAAUGGUCCCAGCGUCUCACUACUACCUGACUCUGCCAUAGCCUCUGUCAACUCCAGUAUCAUCAGCACACAGAGCAAAGUACGUAUGCGCAGAGAGAGUAUGGAGAAAAUGGACUUAAUGGCUCUUUCACCAGAUAAGUAUUCCACCACCAACGGGAGCACAACGACAUCGGAGAGCGAGCAGUCGGUGAAACUGAAGGCCAAGCCGCCGCGAGCGAAGGUGCGGUUGAACGGAGCGUCAGAGCCCAGGAAGCAGCCGUCUGCCUCAGGCAGCAGCACAAGUGUCUCCAGUUCUGUGGACAUGCAGGAUAUACAGCUACAGAUGCCAGCUGGCUCAAGGAAAAACUCAGAAGACGCACUUGACGAAGGGUUCUUUGACAUCCUGACGAGGUUACAGAGCAGAAGGAUGGAUGACCAGAGAUGUGAACUGAAGCCCAUCAGUAAAACCCCCUCAAUAGCCUCCUCCAGAAGCUCCCAGUCAUCCAGAACUACAGCAGAAGACAAGAGCAACAUCAACCCACAGUCAGACGAGUUUCUGGACAUGGUGGCCGGCGUACAGGGCAGGCGGCUCAACGAACAGAGGGCAGCGCCGCUCGCCGACCUGCCAGGGCUCAACAAGAAGAGCAAGGCUGUGAUUGGCCAGCUGCUGGCCACCAAUGAGCAAGCUGUUCCAGAUGAUGACUUCUUCGAUAUGUUAAUGAGAUGCCAGGGUUCCAGAAUAGAGGACCAGAGGAGCUCCCCUCCGGUUGCCAAUGCCCCCACCGUGCCAGACGAGGACUUCUUCAGCCUCAUCCAGAGGAUGCAGUCCUCCAGGCUAGAGGAACAGAGAUCCACCCUCCCCAACCCCACACCCAGAAAAGACUCAGACACAAAACCUAAAAGCUAAGAUGACCCAGGAAAGGUCCACUAGAUAAUGUGUUGAUAUGUACAAUGCAAACGUUCAGCUCUUACUUUAUCAAGAACCUCAAGAUUCAGAAAUGUUGGUCAUUUUACUUUUUAGUCUACCUAUCCAAGAAAGACAGUUCUAUUACGUCUUUAGAUAAAAGGCACAAAAACACCUUUCAGAAGAUUUUUCUCGACCAACUUUGAAUCUUGACAAAGAAAUGGGUAUUAGGUUGAUACAACAUGUAGAGGACCAAAUCAUUUUUGAUAGUAUCUAUGAGAACGUAGGAGGAAUGGAGUAAAUGAAGUAUGUGUUCUACUUUAUAAAAGUAAAUGUAGAAUAUGAGGAACAUCACUGGAUGCAACAUUUGAUCCAUAGCAACAGCUAGGGAACCUUACAAAACUUUCUUACGAUGAGUUAGCUACCAUAUUGUCACCAUGUAAAGUUUGCUGGUUCAAACAGAUUCUUGUUAUUGAAUACUACCAUCAACAUGAUCAAGUUUUCUCGGGAAAGAAAAAACAAUGUCUUGCAUGGGAACAAUAGAAAUCAUUGUGGACAAUUUCUGAAGAAAGGUACUUUCUCGGUACGUGUUGAAGCCAGUCUUUUGAGGGUAACCACCCCAUAAGUAUUAUUAACACACUGAUACAUACAGGGCAGUACGGAAAGCUGCUAGCCCUCGGCUAUUUUCUAUCAUACAUAUUUUACAGAAAUUGUUAAAUAUCCUCUAGUAUAGCAUUGAUAUGACCAACACAAUGCAUCUGCUGCUUUCUCACACUCCAGUUACUAUCCUUCUUCCUGUUAUCUGUUCCCUGUAUCAGUAAGUUUCCACCAAAUGAUGCUGGCUAAAUUGGCAGGCAUCCAGCCUAAUUCUGCCCUUCUUGAUCAGUUGCUACUGUCAAAAAGUCUUGCUACAUUUCAAGUCUUUUCCUGAAACGUUCAUAGAUACUAACAUUGUAGAUAAAUCUAUAGCAGGUCUAGAUUUGAAGCCAUAAAGAUAUGCUUCCUGAUUUAAGGUUUCCCUUUAUUGUACAGUGUUUGCUAAAUGUUUACCUUGAUAAGUCAGUACUAAGAACAUUUUGUAUGGCCCAGUAUGUAGAUAGAUCCUGUACUAACUGUGAUGUGAACUAUAACAUGCCAAAGUAUUAAAAGCUCUAGCACUACAUGUAUAAAGCUACUAUUCUGUGAAUAGAUUUCUUAGAUUGUAUCAUGGUUGCAUACUUAUUUGCAUUGUUUUAUUUUAACAUUAAAACCAGCCAUGCACCAUCAGAAGAAUAUAGUAUCUUUCCAAAGCCAGAGUCUACCCAUUUUCUUGAACAGAUAUUUGGUAGGGUUUGCUUGUAGGGGUUUGAAUAUAUCAACCUUAACAGACAAGGUACAUGUAACCCUUUAUGAGAGAAGAUCAUAUGAGCAACAACAAAAAGUGUUGUCAUUCCAGGCCUAGACACCCGGCAACAGUUUACCUUAAUUACCGUACAUGUGUAACUUCUUGAUAACUUCUUCAUUAUACACUAACAAGUUUGUAAAUUACACAGUCUGGAUGUAAAUAUGAGGUUUGUGGACACAAGAAAUAUUUACUGUUUUAUUGAAAUGCCACUAACUGUUAAUCAAUUUGUGUUUUCCUUCAAUGUUUUCACUUCAGGCCAGUUAGAAAUAGUACAUGUUAACAGUUUCUAAGUACUGUUAGGCUUUAUGUAGCCACAAACUGCUACCAUUUAGCCAUACUUCUAUUUGGUCAUGUCAGACCUGCCAUGACCCAAAUACAUUAGUCAUAGCAGGCCAAACCUUAGACAAAAUCAAUUCUAUCAUCGCAGACCUGACCAUAUGAGGUCUCAUCUGUAUACUUUUGUUCUUCAUUGCCAUAUGUAGCCAUAGAUGUACAUGUAGCCAUACUAGGUCACUCAGAUAAGUUAUUGCAGCUGUGUCGUAUGUUUCCUUGCUAAGUAAAAGCAGUCUCUGGUGCCUUUUCUAAAACCCUGGCAAAGAGGGCAUACCCACAGGUAAAACCUCUGUACUACUGUGUAAAUAGCGUUGGUAAGAUGCCUCAUGAUUUAUGUUUUUAUCAUGCUUUGAUUUUAAUGAUGAAUACAAUACAAGAUAAA